AUGGAGAGGCGCCAGGGUUUUGGGGGCUCCUUUUUGGUCAAAGAAGAAGGCACCGACUCUUCGGUUUGUACUGAUCAGCUAGAUUGCUCCCCCUUUGCUUCUCUUGUUUCUGGCCUCACAGAUUUUGGAAGAGAAAAUCUUCUAAGCAAGAAACCAAAUCUUCUUACCAGUGGGUAUUUCGAUGAAGAAGAGCAAGAAGGAGAGGAACAAGAAGAAGAGGGAGCGAGGUCAAGUAAGCUUAUUCCCUUUGCUUCUCCUAGAACACCAUCUUCUUCUAGCAAAAAAUUUCUUCCUCAGCACCACAACCUGUGGCCUUGUUCCUUUGAUCAGUCACAACAAGAUAGCAAAACCCAAGAACCAUCUCUCAACUUUGAUAAGAAGCUAGAGCUCAUGGAAUUGUCACUGGGAAAUAACAACGAAAGUGAGAGCACUAGCACUGGCGCUGGUGGUGGUGCUUGUGAGUCUAUAGAGAGAGAGCACAUGUUUGACAAAGUAGUGACCCCAAGUGAUGUAGGCAAACUAAACCGUCUUGUUAUACCAAAGCAACACGCAGAGAGGUACUUCCCUCUUGAUUCUUCAUCGAAUGAAAAAGGCCUCCUCUUGAACUUUGAGGACCGGAACGGCAAGCCCUGGCGGUUCCGGUACUCUUAUUGGAAUAGUAGUCAAAGCUAUGUAAUGACCAAAGGCUGGAGCAGGUUUGUCAAAGAGAAAAGGCUUGAUGCAGGCGAUAUUGUGUCGUUCCAACGCGGUGUUGGUGAGUCGGGCAAGCACCGUCUGUUCAUAGACUGGCGAUGCAGGCCUAAUGCACCAGAUCCAACACCAUUCUCACAUUUAGAGCUCCAAAAUCAACUACACUAUCCAGAGUCUGUGCGGUGGGGCCGGUUGUACUCCAUGCCUCAUUCUAAUUUAUCCAUGCAGCAACCUCAAUUGCAAAAUUUGAAUUACAGCAUUCAUCCUUAUCAACAACAUCAGCACCAUAAUAAUCAGUAUCAUUAUCAUCAACCGGCCACGAUUAGUUAUGUCAAUGCAGCGCAGUAUUACUUAAGGCCACCAGGGACACUUCAAAUUGGGGCCAUGCAUCAACAAGGAGGAAGUCAUGUGCCAGUGGUGAUAGAUUCUGUGCCAGUUGCUCAUGGUAAAACUGUGGGGAAGCGACUCAGGCUGUUUGGUGUAAACAUGGAGUGUCCUACACAAGAUGAUCAGUCAUCUUCGGCUACAAUGACACAUGGCACAAUGGGUUCAUUCUCUCCUCAAUUGGGUUCCUCUUCUCUUCCUUCUCCUCUCCAAUUAAGGGCACCCACUAGUGCUCCAAUGCAAGCUGAGUUUUCAAAGAAAGGAAAGACUUCCUUAUCUCUUGAUUUGGAUCUUUGA